AAGAGAGGAGUGAAAGUGGAGGAGGAAAAGUAAACGACGAGACAUGGGUCUUCUUCCUCCUCAUUUCUGAAACGCUGACUGGUCUUCUCUUUCGCCCACCAAACUUCUUGUAUUGGUAUUUAUAAAUCGCAAUGCAUUAAUGUCAUAAAUCUGAAUCUAAAUUUAUCCAAACCCUAGAGAGGAUUGCUUGGUUUCUCAAGACUUUGGAGUUUGGAAUCAUGAGGAGAGGGCCCUUAAACCCUAGCAAUCUCAAGCUCACUCUCCCUCCCGAUGAGGAUUCAUUGACCAAGUUCCUAACUCAGAGUGGGACUUUUAUGGAUGGUGAUCUGCUGGUCAACAGGGACGGAGUUCGAGUUGUGUCUAAGAGCGAAGCUGAAGUGCCACCACUUAUAAAGCCCUCUGACAACCAGUUGAGCUUGGCUGACAUAGACACGAUUAAAGUGAUUGGGAAGGGCGCCGGUGGAACUGUGCAAUUGGUGCAACAUAAGUGGACUGGUCAAUUUUUUGCGUUGAAGGUUAUUCAAAUGAAUAUUCAGGAGGCUGCUCUCAAGCAUAUUGCACAGGAGCUAAAAAUUAACCAGUCAUCACAAUGCCCAUAUGUUGUCGUGUGUUACAAGUCUUUCUAUGAUAAUGGUGCCUUUUCUAUUAUCUUAGAGUACAUGGAUGGUGGAUCUCUUUUAGAUUUUCUGAAAAAGGUCAAAUCAAUUCCAGAGCCGUAUCUUGCUGCCAUCUGUAAUCAGGUGCUCAAGGGUUUGUCGUAUCUUCAUCAUGAAAGACACAUCAUCCAUAGGGACUUAAAACCUUCUAACUUGUUAAUAAAUCACAGAGGAGAAGUGAAGAUCACCGACUUUGGUGUGAGUGCAAUACUGACAAGCACCUCUGGGCAGGCAAAUACUUUUGUCGGCACGUACAACUAUAUGUCUCCAGAGAGAAUUAGUGGAGGUCAGUAUGGCUCCAAAAGUGACAUUUGGAGCUUGGGGUUGGUUUUGCUCGAGUGUGCCACUGGUCAGUUCCCGUAUUCUCCACCAGAGCAAGGGGAAGGAUGGACCAGCUUUUAUGAACUUAUGGAAGCCAUUGUUGAGCAGCCACCGCCUUGUGCAUCUACUAAUCAAUUUUCUGCAGAAUUCUGCUCUUUCAUUUCUGCAUGCAUACAGAAAGACCCAAAUGACAGAAAGUCAGCGCAUGAACUUAUGGCACAUCCUUUUAUCAGCAUGUACAGAGACUUGAAUGUUGAUCUUGCAACAUACUUCAUCAAUGCAGGAUCUCCACUCGCUACAUUUUAAAAGUUUGUCUGAGUUCUUAUUUACCAAAAAAUAGCAUGAUCCUAGGAGAAGUGAGGAAAUCAGCUAUCGGUGUGUCCAGAUACCUGGUGAAGGAUUCUUAGCUACAAUUCUCAAGCCCCUCUCUAUGGCAACAACGGCAAGGGGUCUUCAAUCAUUUGUGACGAACCUCAUUGCUUGAAAAAUAUUGAGUGUGAGAAACAUAUGAAGAAAUUGAUGAUUUAUGACUGCAAGGCAAUUAGGCAAGUUACUACUGUUUGUAUUCUGCCGAAGGCACUUUGGCAUGAUUUUGAAUUGCUCGUUUAGAGGUGCAACACACAUCACAUUCCCACGAAGAAUUUUCCAUGUAUGUGUAAGAUUGUGAUAAAUACUCAGUUUGAACCCUAAUCUCUUUAAUUAUGAGUGAUCUGGAUGUUGGCCUCAUUGCCUGCA